AUGAUAAAACUCAACAUUCAAGCUAACUUAUAUCCUGACGAAACUGUCCAGAGGAUCGCUGAAAGGGCGGCCCUUCAAACGUAUAAUGCUGCGUGCGCGCAAGCUCAGCCAAGUCGAAAUCCUGUUCUUCAUAUUAGCGGACGACAACUCGCACCAGAUUGUCACAAUGCUCCCCAACUGGCACUUUUGGCCAUGCUAGGAAACCCUGUUUCGUUUGUCCGAGACUCUAUUACGACUGCCGAAGUUGAGUCUAUGCAGGCUCAGUGUAUAAAUGGGUUGUUAAUUCAGAGUCGGGGAAUACUCGUUGAGAAUUCAUGUGGGGAGUGUCGUCUUCAUGGUUUAAGGCCUUUCCCGGAUUGUCGUCGUGUCGAAAGCCAUUUCGGUAACAGCUGUGGAAACUGUGAAUGGCGAGACCAUGGUAAUCGGUGUGUACGAUCCGAUCGUUCGCAUUCUAGCCCUGCGAGUAGACGACGCAAUCCUCUUCCUCUCCCUUCUCGCGAAUCUCCCAAUCGAAGUCUUACCCCUCCCCCUCACGCAUCUCCCGAUCGAAGUCCUACUCCUCCCCCUUCGGCCGAUCACAAAUCUUCAGGACGAAGAGAAACUCUUUUGCUUCAUGGCGCCUCUGAGGAUCAGCCUCUUAUUGUGGAUUAG